AUGCCCAUCGACAGUCCACCCGCCCAACCGCGCUUCCGCCUGGCCAUCGUCGGUGCCGGAAUAGCAGGCCUCACGCUCGCGAUCGCGCUCGGGCGAUUUGACGAUCCGGCGUCGCCCAUUGAGAUCGACAUAUAUGAGUCCGGGCCCGAGAUCACGACUGUUGGUGCGGGCAUAUCCGUCUGGCCGCGGACGUGGGCAAUCAUGCGAAGGCUCGGACUACACGACGAGCUCAUGCAGGAAGCGGUGAAAGGCAGGGGGGAGACGAAGAAGAACCAACACGAAGCGAGCACUCUACAUCAAGCGGGCGGGGAUGAUGGAGACUGCGAGGGGACAUGGAGACCGGCCUUCGUGUGCCGCAAGUCGGACUGGCCGCGCGAGGGCUUCGAGUUCGGGCGCAUCAUGGUCCCAGAUGGCGCGACCACGAUGCACCGCGCCAACAUGGUCCGCGUCCUCGUCCGCCACCUCCCCGCGCACUGCACCGUCCACACCACCAAGCGCCUCGUCUCCUACAACCCUCCCUCGCGAUCCUCCACGGCCACCAGCGGCGCAUACACCCUGCACUUCGCCGAUGGUACCCACGCAUCGGCUGACGUCCUCGUCGGCGCGGACGGGAUCAAGUCCGCGGUGCGCAGCGCCAUGUACACGCACGCGCACGCUCGCGAUUGCGACAGCACACCCAUUGCGGCAUGCGCGCGCUGUGCGCGCUCCCGCCCGAAGUGGACGGGCACGGUCGCGUAUCGGUACUUGAUCCCGACGGAGCGACUGCGUGCGGUUAACCCCGCGCACCACGCGCUGCAUGUGAGGGCACCGAUGAGCUACUCUGGCAAAGGGAAGCAUAUCAUCACGUUCCCGAUCUCGCACGGGCAGUAUCUCAACUGGAUCGGCUUCGUGACGCGGCCCGGGAAAGAGGGCACCGAGUACCCGCACAAGUGGGUGCUCGACGCGGACCAGGACCACGUCGUGCGCGAGUUCACGGGCUGGGAGCCCGAGGUCGACCAGAUGAUCGCCUGCGUGGAAGACCCGAAGCUGUGGGCGAUCCACGACAUCGAAGACCUCCCGUUCUCCGUUUCCGGCAGAGUCGCCCUGAUCGGAGACGCGGUGCACGCCAUGACGACCCACCUGGGCGCAGGCGGCGGCCAAGCGAUCGAGGAUGCGUACCUCCUCGGCACCCUCCUCACCGACCCGCGCGCCUCCCCGUCGCGCCUCCUGCGCGUGCUGGAGAUCUACCAGGCCGUCCGACUCCCCUUCGCACGCGCCGUCGUCCAGAACGCGCGCACGGUCGGGCUCAUGUACGAGUUCAACUCGCCCGGGCUGUACGCCGCGGACCCCGCGCACGGCGAGCCGACAGCGGUGGGCGUGCGCUCAGGGGAGAAGGACCGCGGGCGCGAGGCGGCUGCGGACGUUGACGUGGACGGGCUGAAGCGGCGGUUGGGCGAGCUCGAUCGCGCGAUCUGUGAGAUGUGGCAGUGGCAGUGGAAGGAGAAGGUGGAGGAGCAGUGGGAGGAGGCAGGGCGCAUGAUGGACGAGCUGGAGGGCCGUGCGGCUCCUCCUCAUCGGCGAUUGGAGAGGUAG